GGGCGGUGAGCCGGUGACCCGGUGUCGCCUUUGGAUUUACAGUCAACCAACUAAUUAACCGUCCAAAUAAAGAACCAGAUGACGAGAGAGAGAGAGAGAGAGUAGUUGGAGAUAAAGAGAAACACUUGGGAGUCGGAAUUAGAUUUUCUCGCAUGUUUGGCUGGACGUGAAGCUAAGUUUGUUUAGUAACCUGAACUACCCUUUUUCUGGUUCUAAUUUCUAAUCUCCUCCCGUCGUCCGGUGUCUCUAUUCUGUCCUCACUCGCGUGCUUUCUUUUUUACUCUAGUUUUUAUCCUUCUCUCUCGACGAUCCUUCUUGCUUGCUCUAUCCGUGUGUUUCAGGCGAAUCAUACUAUGUAUUCCCGCGCAUCUCUGACGAGAUCUGCACUGUCAAUCUGCAGAGUAGCCGGAACCCAAUGGUUGAACUUGCGUCCAUUUUUUAAUCAAGCAGGAGGUUCAACUGCUGCUACUACUACUUCUUCAUCUUCAUCUUCUUCUUCUUCUUCUGUACCGGCGAGCUUGCUUACUAAGUCGACCAUUAACGAUGAUAAACGAAGGGACUUUGUUUUCAGUUUGUUCUUGAAGUCUCUUUCAGGGAUCGUUGUGGGCUCGGGUCUAGGAUUUUGGUUGUGGUCUUCUUCUGCUGCUGCUGGAAAUUCGUCAGUCUCUUUAGCUGAUUUUUCACCAACAGUGGCUUCGGAGGACAAGCGGCACCCAGAGACUUUCCAUGAUGGGGGGAAAGAGAAGAACCCCAAGUUUCUUUUUGGAGAGGCAUAUAGAAGGAAAGUUUUCUUUAACUAUGAAAAGCGCUUAAGGAUGACUGCUCCACCUGAAAAGGUUUUUGAGUACUUCGCAUCUUUCCACACUCCAGAUGGAGAGGUUUUUAUGACACCAGCGGACUUGAUGCGGGCAGUUGUUCCUGUAUUUCCUCCAUCCGAAUCAAAUCUUGUUAGAGAAGGGUUUUUGCGAGGGGAGCGAAGUCCUGGCGAGCUGCACUGUGCUCCUUCAAAAUUCUUUAUGCUUUUUGAUACUAAUAGUGAUGGACUUAUAUCUUUUGCAGAGUACAUCUUUUUAGUUACACUGCUCAGCAUCCCAGAAUCAAGCUUCUCAGUGGCAUUCAAAAUGUUUGACCUUGACAACAAUGGAGAGGUUGACAGGGAGGAGUUUAAGAAAGUCAUGGCUCUAAUGCGGGCUCACAACAGACAAGGGUCUCAUCAUAGGGAUGGACUACGAACAGGGCUCAAAAUUGGGAAGCCUGUUGAAAAUGGAGGUCUAUUGCCGAAAUUCUUCGGCAAGGAUGGAAAGUCAUGUCUCCAACAUGAAACAUUUGUCAAGUUUUUGAGGGAUUUGCAUGAUGAAAUUUUGCUUUUGGAGUUCGCACAUUAUGAUUACAAGUUACGGGGAACAAUAUCAGCAAUGGAUUUUGCCUUGUCAAUGGUUGCAUCUGCUGAUAUGAACUAUAUAAACAAAUUUCUUAAUAGGGUUGAUAAAUUGAACCAUGAACCACAACUUAGGGAUACCCGCAUUACAUUGGAGGAGUUCAAGAAUUUUGCAGAGCUACGUAAACAAUUGCAGCCAUUGUCAUUGGCAAUUUUCAGUUAUGGGAAUGUAAAUGGUUUGUUGACAAGGAAGGAUUUCCAGCGAGCUGCAUCCCAGGUAUGUGGUGUCUCUCUUUCUGACAAUGUGGUUGACAUCAUUUUUCAUGUAUUUGAUUCAAAUCGUGAUGGGAGUCUAAGUUCAGAUGAGUUUGUAAGAGUUUUACAUAGACGGGAAAGGUAUUUAGGGCAACCCAUGGAAGCAGGUGUCGUGGGAUUGUUGUCUUACUGGAUGAGAUAUGCAAGGGACUGUUCUUUUGCAGGGAUCCUUUCUUCUAUAUCUCGUUAACUGAUUCUUGACCUCAAGGCUUACUGUGAUAUUCGAAUUUAUGGCAUCAAGAUUUCGAUGACUUUGAAAUGACUGUACAGUGUGGGUGCUGGGUUUUCUCUCCAACAAAAGUUGGCCGAGGAAUUUCGAAUUUGUGAGAUUGCUUAUGGAUGACCAAAUUUACCAUUUCUUAUUCAGGAGUGUCUUGAUGGAUCAGCACACCUAGAAGAAACUUUGCUACUAACGAGGAUUUGUCAUUUGUAGUCUCUACAUUGAGUCGUGCAGUGGAAGUAUGUCUGCCCUAGAAAUCUCUUUGACUUGCAACCUGACUGUACAGUUUGACAUUUGUACAUAUUUUCCCAACCUUUAACUGUAGAAACUUGUCUAUUUCUGUAACAUUGUGAUGCCCAACACACUUCCUAAUAAAAUUCCUUUUCCUAUUUGAAAUUUUAAA